ACAAGAGGGCGGCCACUCGGCCGUCCAAGUACGACGGGAAGGGGGACAUUGCCUCUUGGAUUAGCUCCAUGCGCUCAUACUUUGAGGUACUGCAAACACCGCAGGAAGACCGAAGCAUGUUCAUGGGCACAAAUACUGAGCCCGCCGUACGGAGUUUCAUAGAACUCCAAGCUGUUACUGCAGGUUAUGAGAGCAUUGAUCUGACUGAGUGGCUGAAAGUAACUCCAGUACGUACUAUUGAGGACCUCCUCAUCGCGCAGUAUCAAGAUAAGUACGCUGCACUCAAGGCAAGGCUAAAGCUUGAGGCCCUCAAGGGCCAAAAGUGGAGGACUUCCAUGCAGGCUUUGGAGCAGCACUUGAUUGGUUUGUUCACCACUCCAAACCUGGGAUGGACUGACGUGUCUUGCAUGGAUGUAGUUAUGGGAAUGGCCCCUGAAGGUUAUGUCUCCCAGCUAGGACUCAAGGACCAUACGACCUGGCGUGAGCUAUUGACGGAUGUAGUCAACCUAGAAGCCAAGGACCUCGCUAGGCGUGCAAAGGCCCCCGCUGCAGGUAGAACCUCGCGACGCAAGCGGUACGAAAGCAGCAACCAGCUUGUCGUGCAUGAACAUCGGGAGGCUGAGGAUCAGUCCUACGCGGAUGGUUUGUCUCUAGAUGACGAUCUAGAGCCAGACUCCGAUAUGGGCUGUUCUACAUCAUCCAUUGAGUCUGACAUAAAUGAAGAAGAAACGGUCCUCAAGGAGGCACAGUUGCACCUCAACUUAGAGAAAUCUGAGUUUGGAAGGGACAGCGUCAUCUAUCUCGGGCACCGGUUGUCUGCAAAUGGCCUUGAGCCGGAGGCAACCAAGGUUGAGGUCAUACGAAAGUGGCCUCAACUGGCGAACGUGCGCGGAUUUCGUUCUUUCCUUGGUUUGGCUUCGUAUUACCCAAAGUUUGUACCCAAAUUUUAUGUCAUUGCUCACCCACCCUCGAGACUAACAAGCAAAAAUGUUGCCUAUGCGUGGUGUGAGAAAUGUGAGACUGCGUUCCAAGCCUUGAAAGAGGCUUUGGUAAGUCAUCAUGUGCUCCGCAUUGCGGAUCCCAACCUCACAUUCGUAGCCACUAUGGAUGCGAGCCAGAAUGGGAUUGGUGCCGUGCUGCAACAAGAUGAUGGCGAUGGUCUGCGUCCGCUCGAGUAUUACAGCAAACGCAUGCCCAGCCACAAGGUAGCUACCUCCACGUAUAUGUGUGAGCUCUAUGCCUUCCGCGAAGCGCUCACACAUUGGAAGCACUACCUCUUGGGUCGUCACUUCAAGGUCUACUCAGAUCAUCGGACCUUACAGUGGAUUAAAACACAAAUUGAUCUCUCUCCGAUACUGACCCGCUGGCUGCAUGACAUUGAUGUUUACAAUUUUGAAUUGAAGCAUAAGAAAGGUUGUUAUAAUCGUGUUGCCGAUGCCUUGUCGCGUCAUCUUGACCUCCGAAGGAAACUGAAGAAGGAUCUGGUCGAACACACUGCCAAGGAUCCGGACCUUAGUCCCAUCCUUAAGCAGCUCAAGGCUGACCCUAGCAGUCAGCCUGAUUUUCAUGAGUGCGAGGGUCUUGUAUUUCGUCGGUAUGGGAAGUUUGAUCGUUUGUGUGUACCCAAUCAUGCGCCUCUCCGGACUCAUUUCUUGGAUUUGGCACAUGGUCGGAGUGGGCACUUCGACUUUGAGAAGACUUAUGAAAGUCUUUUGCAGCAGUUUGAUUGGCCGAGAAUGAAGGGAUCUGCUGAGAAAUUUAUUGCUGAAUGUCAAGUCUGUCAAAGAACCAAGGUCCAUAGGCAUAAGCCUUAUGGCCUGUUGAAACCCCUUCCAAUUCCUGAUGGUCCCGGUGAGUCGGUCUCUAUCGACUUCACGGACAUGGGGAAGACUCCAGGGGCCAGACGACAAAAUGAAAGGGAGGAUCCGAGGAUGUCUAGCCAUGGAGUGAUGGAGAUGAUGGUCACAUGAGGUGACGUUGGCGGUCCGUAUUGCUGGAUUCCUUCCUAUGUCAAGCAUUUCCCAGAGCACACGGAGCUGUGUUCACACUAUCAGCCACACGCAAGGCUGAUUCCUUAAAAAAAAAAAAAAAAAAAAAAAAAAAAGGGCGAGGAGGUGGGUUACUGCUGUCGAACAGUCAGUCGGGCAAAAUAAAUGAUAUUCUUCGUUGCGUUUUUUGGAACUUUUUCCAACCUCUCGGCACUUUCGCACUCGUUCUGAUUUGGGACUCGAGCCCGUGUUUCAAGUUCUGCUGCGGAGUAUCUCCUCCGCAGCUGCUGCAGUUUUAUGCCAGUUUUAUGCCACGUGACUACACACUUGCAACCUAACCUACCUUGCUAUUGAGAGUGUAUGUGAAGUGAGAAUGCGUCCUGGUUAAUUGUGCUGUUACCGUUGUAUGUACUAUCUGCUUAUGAUGGUCCUGGUUCAACGCUUUUGCGCAACCACUAGGCGGUCCUUUGAUGGCAGCAUGAAUGCGUUGGUGAUCUGUACAAGCAAUCAAUGCUGUCAUGCUCCCCAGGUCGCAACAUGGGGAGGCGUGGAGUUUGUGGCGGUUGUUUUAGCUUUUUCUGCCGUUGGACAGGAACCGGACUGACGCUUCCCAGAAUAAAAGAAGCAAGGCCCGACAGGCCUUGUUUUUUUUUUUUUUUUUUUUUUUUUUAAAGAAGAAGGGUUGGCCAAGAUCGGUGAAGAGGAGCCAGUUUUUUAAUGGAGGUUGGCAUCAACAUUCUAAGCAUUAAUUUGCUCGGUCUCUCAAGAUCAGCACAUCAAAUUGGUGGUUGGGGGGGGGGGGGAGGAGGGAGUGGAAAGAGAAAUGCAUUUCCAGUGCCUGUUAAACGGCGAGUACCUUUGCCGAGUGGGGAAGUAGUGGUCCUCGAGUGGGCCUCCGACCUCUUAGGACGCUGAAACAAAACGACAGACCCCGAUGACAUCUAUCAAUGGCAGCCAUUGUCGGGCCCUGCUUCCGAACUCUUCGGGAACAGCCCGAUUCCCUAAUUUCCCAGCACCGGCGGAGGUACUAGUGUUCGUUCAUUCUCGUGUUCGUACACCCCUUCAUCCGCUCUCUUCGGGCCUCGCUCCACUGCAGAACAUUCUAUAUGUAUCUGGAGCUGUUAGGCGUCCUCAUUCAUUCAAAAUGUUCGAUCGGUCCAAGUGUGUGUGUCCAGCUACAUAUGGAAUGUUGUGUAGUGGAGCAUCGCCCUUGAUCUCACGGGCUCAGGCCGUCUUCGCUCCCUCUAAAGGGGAAAUGGCAGCAAUGGAAGGGGUUAAGUGAUGAUGGUGGGGGGAGGGGCAAAAGGUUAUCUUGUUGCCAGUGGAGCCCAACCCACACAUGGCUGAAUGAUUUGGGGAGGUGAAGGAGCUACAGAUACACACACAAGAACAAAGUUGGCUAGGUCUC